UGCAUCGUACGACAUCGUCACGACAGAAACCACUGACUGACGGCAGUCAGGGAAGGCCUUCCGCUUAAACAAAAACGUGUUUGUUUUUCUUUUGAUAUGAGCGUUUCCACUCUGGCGCAGCCACGAUGGGAAUAGAAGAAGAAGCCGACCGGACGCUCUUUAUAAGAAAUUUGGAUUCUAAAGUAACAGAAGAGCUCUUAUUUGAGCUGUUUUUACAGGCAGGACCUCUCGUCAGAACUAAAAUUCCAAAAGAUACAGAUGGGAGGCAGAAAACUUUUGGUUUCGUCGUGUACAAACAUGAAGUGUCCGCCCCCUAUGCCAUGCAACUGCUUGACGGGACGUCUCUGUUUGGGAGGAACAUCCACGUCCAGUUCAGAUCAGGUAGCAGUCAUGGCAGCACUCCUGGAAACUCUCAGAAUUCAAGUCCUGCAAUUACCCCAAAUCCCCAUGGCCAGAGAACCCCUACGCAGUUCAGUCCUUCAUCAUACGGCCUUCAACCCCCAAUGCAGAGGUCUUUCUCAUCCCCUGAGAAUCUACAGAAGCAUGCUAUGAUGAACAACGUGACGUGGCAGCUCCACAUGCAGCAGCUGAAUGACACUUUCGCUACACCUCCACAGCAGCAGCCUCCUGGAGGUAGGAGUAUAGUCGGAGGGAGCUCGAGGCACCAUGACAACACCCCCUACCGGCAUCACCCAUCCAAGAUGGGCAGCGGGGGCCGCAACCCGGGCUACAGGGACGAACCGACGUACCAGCAGCAGCAGCAGCAGCACAGCCAUGGCCAAGGGUCCUACCACCAGCAGAACAACCGCAGCGGGAACCGCCACCCUGGCAGCAGGGGUGGAAACAGACAUUACGAUGACAGGGGUAGCGACCGCGGUUACCACGACAACAGAUGGCGACGAUACUGAAACACAAGAGGGACUUUUUUUCACUUAUUUUGUGGAUGGUUUUUAAAGAAUGUCGGGAGUUUUGUUGAAAAAAAAAAUAAUUUGGUGCAUUCCGACUGUUUGCUUUUUAACAAUGUUUUUAAAUUUGAACAGUCUUUGAUGGGAGUUUUCCCUCACAGAUGUUAUUAUUUUUAGUCAUGGACUUAUGUCGUGAGAGCAAAGGCACAUUUCAGAUAUCAUAGAGAUCUCUGGAUUACAAAUAAUAAAACAAAAAAGACAUGGACUAAAAAAAAAAAAAAAUCAAUGACCCUUUUUUAUGUUUGGCAAAUUCAGUUAAAUGGUGCUAAUGAAAACGUUCUGGUGCUUUUCAACAUUUUUUUUAACAAGAUAUUUAACCAGCAACAACAUGGCACCAGGUUUUUCCAAAUUUUCAAUGUGCCGGCUUUGCUCUUCCUGUAAAUGGGCUUAUUAGAAGUUUUAUUUUUGCAGUUUUGAUCUGUAAGACGUCUUUUAAAACCAACAUUCUUAUAAAUCUCUUUUCAUGACAACA